AUGUAUGAAUUGGCUGGCUGUGAAUAUUACAAAUAUUUCUGCGAGAAGCUUGAUUUUUCUGUGAUGCGUCUCUUAUGUUUCCCAAAUUUGAGUAUUCAAGUUUUAGUAAUGGUUAUCAACAUUGCCCGGCUUUGGUGCAGUGAAACACAGCUUCGGCCUUUCUAUUCUACGACACAGGAGAUAUCAAUGUUGUUUGCAAAACAGCAGGAACAGCUUAAGUCAAUGCAAAGGACAUUAGAAGAUGAAGAGAAUUAUGAGACGACUUCAGCUGACAUUGACCUCAAUCCAAAUAUUGUAAACGUGAAUGGACCAGUCAUCAGAAACGAAGUGGAAUAUCUAAGUAGCAAUGGCGGCAAGGCUGGAUCCAGUACAUCUCCGCAUAGAGGUGGCGAAGUUCAAGUUGAGUCGUCAAGAGAUGAAGCAAGUGUCACCAAGAAGAAUGACUGCACUGCCAAAAGCCAAAAAGACGGUGAAGACACGCAAGAGGUAGAAUUUACAGGUGACGAACGUAAUGUUAAGGGUGGCUUUAGUUCUGAUAUUAAUGGUGUUUGCACAGCACCCAUUUCGGAGGGAAAUGCAGUUGGAACUGAGCAAAUACCCGAGACAGAAGGUGUCGAGGUAGUACCCAAUUUGGAAGGAGAGUGUUGA